AUGUCUCAACUAUGGACACGUGACGGCAGCACAACUAGUAUGCCAUAUAAUGGUAUUCCGGUUCAUCAUAACAGAAAUGAUACUGGAGUUGGCAGUCAAAGUGGAUCAUCAGAUUCCAGAAAUCAAACGUCCCGUACAUCAGAAGAAAGAAUUCAAGCAAUCGCAGUGGCACGUGGCGAACAAGACACAUUAGUCGUUAUCCUUGAGCAACAGUGUCGUGAGAUAGAGCAGCUGAUUAGUAACCGUGGUCGCCGUUCCAUAUUAAACCAUCUUCGUGCUACACGGAGCCAAGCUGAUGAAGAAUCUUUCUUCACCAUGGAUGAAUAUCGUUACAGUUCACGGCCUCAAACGCCUGAUCCGACGUUAAGGCAAUCAAUUGACAGAACUAGCAAUCGAUAUAGAUUCGAUACCUCUCGACCUGUAUCAACGAUUGGGAGCCCGCCCACGUCUGAGUACAAUCCUAGACCAUUACAGCCAUCGGGGAGAGGUGGUCCACCACCUCCUUUAAUGCCAUCGUUCAGCAGCGAUGAUUGGAUUAACAGGCGUACCCCUCCACCAAGGGGAGCUUCAGCGGGGUUCAGCCCAAAUUGGCUAAUGAAUGCGUUACCACAGAUAAAGAUCACGCCAUUCAAUGGUGAUCCAAAGGAAUGGCCAACCUUUAUCUCUUCGUUUAGGGACAUGAUCCAUAAUGUGGUACCAUCGGACGCUCAACGCCAUGCUUUCUUAAAGCAGUUGCUCAGAACAGAAGUUCGUUCCUACAUAACCGAAUACUUGGACAAUCCGUCCACUUAUUAUUAUGCCUUAGUAGAAUUGAAAAAGCGAUUUGGUCAACCACAAGUGGUUGCUCGGAGCCAUUUGAUGGCUUUUAUGAAUCUUCCAUCGAUCCGAGAUGAUGAUUCAGAGGCACUAGCCAAGCUCAAUCGAACUCUUCAUGGAGCCAUGCAUGCCCUGAGGACCGGCGGAUAUGAGCAAGACUUGGAAUCGGGAAUGACUCUGGAACACGUCGUCUCCCGUCUACCUCCGUGA